AUGAAAUUGAUUUCUGAUGGAGAAUCGAGUCGAGCGCUCGUCGCCGUCCCCUUUCCUUCCUCACCUCGAGCAAAGAGGAGCGGCAAUAGCCAUGGCCACCUCCGCCUUCUCCUGCCAGCGCUGUUCCCCAAGCCCAAUUUCCUCGCCGCACCUCUCCACCCCAGUCUCCCACGAGGCCGCCAACUCCGCUGCUCGCCCAACGGCGCCGCCGUGCCGGAAUCCCCUAAACCCGCCUCUCGCCGCGGUCGGAAGAAGUCUCCGUCCCCGUCCCCGUCGGCGCCGAAGGCGAAGGCCACGAGGCGGAGAACCAAGAAGGAGGGCCAGGAUUCCGACCCGGAGAGUGAGAAGGGGCCGGCGAAGCGGGCAGGCCGCCGGACAAGGAAGUCCAAGGAAGAGCAGCAGGAGGUCGUGGCCCAGACGGCUAGCGACGGGACGGAGGAGACGAUUCAAGAGUCCGAGGAGGAGGAUGGGUUGGAGGUGUGGAGCGGCUACGACGACGGGGAGGACUUCGCGAACGACUGGCCGCCGCUGGUGUGCUGCUUCGGCGCGCCGCGGUGGGAGUUCGUGCCCACGGUGCGGGUGUCGGACCGGCAGAUGCACCCCGACCAGUACUCCACGUGGCGGCACCUGCAGUGGGAGCCGCCGGAGUUCGCGCGCGCGCCGGGGAGCGCGGCGAGCAACGUGGCCAUCGCGCUCACCCGGCUUGGCGGGCGCGGCGCGGUGCUGGGCAAGGUCGGCGACGACGACUUCGGGCGCGAGCUUGUGUACCGCAUGAACUGCGAGCGGGUGCAGACACGCGCCAUCAAGUUCGACGGCAAAGCGGCCACGGCCACGGCGCGCAUGAAGGUGAGCUUCCGGGACCGGGAGGACGGCAAGGGCGGCACUAAGCUUGUGGCCGAGACGGUGAAGAGCGCUGCCGAGGACUCCCUCCGCAAGACCGAGAUCAAUGUCGAUGUAUUGAAAGACGCCAGAAUGUUCCAUUUCAAUUCAGAAGUCCUGUUAAAUCCAUCAAUGCAUGAUACACUCUUCAGAGCCAUUGAAUUAUCCAAAAAAUUUGGAAGUAAAAUAUUCUUUGAUCUGAAUUUGCCAUUGCCAUUGUGGACUUCAAGGGAUGAGACAAAGAAGGUGAUAAAUAGGGCAUGGAAAGAGGCUGAUAUCAUAGAGGUGUCAAGGGAUGAGCUGGAAUUCCUCCUUGAUCAUGAGUAUUAUGAAUACAAGAGAAACACCCCACCUCAGUAUUAUCUGGAAGGAUUUCAUUUUACAAGAAACUGGCCACAGUACUACAACUACAGCCCUGAAGAGAUUGCUCCUAUUUGGCAUGAUGGAAUUAAGAUCUUGCUUGUGACCUAUGGGACACUUCGGAUUCACUACUACACGCCCAAGUUUCAUGGCUGUGUGGUUGGGACAGAGGACGCACUCAUAACUCCAUACACCACUGACCGAACAGGUUCUGGUGAUGCUGUUGUUGCUGCUGCGAUUAGGAAGCUAACGACUUGUCCUGAGAUGUACGAGGACCAGGAUACAUUGGAGAGGCAACUAAGAUUUGCUGUUGCUGCUGGAAUCAUAUCACAGUGGACAAUUGGUGCUGUGCGAGGAUUUCCCACUGAGAGUGCUACCCAGAACUUGAAGGAACAAGUCUAUGUGCCUUCUAUGUGGUGAAAUGGAGCUACAGGCGCAAUUCAGAUGCACCAAUUGCUCAGGUAUCCUCUUAUCAUCCAUUCUGUAAUGAUUUCAGUUUUAGGGGCAUUAUGCAUGUCAUUAAAUGUUUUGGAAAGUUUGACUGCUACCGAAAUGCCUCUAAUAGUCUAAUGAUCGGCACAAGUUAUAUAGUUGAAUCUUCAAUUUAAUUUUGUGAAAAUAAUUUGCAGCCACACUCUAUUUGAUGUGCUACUGUAAAUGCACUUCAGUUAUUAUUUUUUCUCAUGAUUUCUAAACCUUA